CACUACUACCUCCUCUAACACUCGCGAAGCGGUCACACUGGCGAGUGCAGCUAAGUAAGUCGGUUGUCCGUUCUUGCUGAAUUUAAAAUAAAUUAAAUAAAUUUCAGCUUCGUGCGGUGGUGUGCGUACGCAAAUAUAAAAUAAAGUUAAUUGUAAUUGCGGUGCUUGUGAAAACGAAACGAGCUCCAAUUGAGCGACUAAAAUACUUAAGUGCAUUAAAGAAUUGCGUUGUUGUGCGUUGCGCCCGUUGUUCUUAUUGUUGUCGUUGGUGGUGUGCACGAAAAAUAAUUGUUUUUAUUCAAAGAGGUUUGCAUUUUAAUUGCUAAAUCAGCUCAGUUGCGAGUAGAGUGCCAAAAUAUAGAGUCGUGACAAAGAAAACAAGUUUUUGUGGUUGGUGAGAAAGUAAAAACAAUAGCAAAUAUUUAUAUAUAGCUAUAUAUGUGGUAACGCGCUGUAAGCAUUUAAAAAUACAAAUCCUCUCGAGGUUUUAAUGGCCAAAGUUUCGUAAACGUGUAAAUUGAGUGGAAUUCGAUUGCGAGUGCAUUCUUGCUUUGUUUUGAGUGAGAACCGAAAACCAGUUUACACCGUGCUUCUUGCCAAGUUGAAUUCGAUUUAAUCGCGGCUUGAGUCAUCCUUUAGUUAAUACUGACUGUUAUUAUCAGUUCAAUGUGAUCCGCCAGUGAAGCUGCAUCAGUACGAGUAACUCAUUCCAGGACCUGGAAAUCACUGCCACCAUGUUGCGGGUAAUCCUCAUGGCCUGCCUGGCCCAGCUGGUACUGGCUCAGGCGGAUCUUAAAGAUCUGGAUGGACCCAACAUCUGCAAAAGAAGAGAACUGUAUAACGUAGACGUGGUCUACACAGAACUGCAAUCGUUCCAGGAACGGGGCUCCACCUGGUGCGUCACAUUCCCGCCGAGGUGCUCCACCUAUCGCAUUAAACACCGAGUGGUCAACAAAACCAAGACGAUUGCGAAGAACCGUAUUGUGAGGGACUGUUGUGAUGGCUACAUCGCAAGCGCAGGAGAAUGCGUGCCGCAUUGCUCGGAACCCUGCCAGCACGGUAGAUGCAUCUCCCCGGAGAAGUGCAAGUGCGAUCAUGGUUACGGAGGACCCGCCUGCGAUAUAAAUUGCCCACCCGGCUGGUAUGGCCGGAACUGCUCGAUGCAGUGCGACUGCCUGAACAACGCGGUAUGUGAGCCCUUUUCAGGCGACUGUGAGUGCGCCAAGGGCUACACCGGAGCACGCUGCGCGGACACCUGUCCGGAGGGCUUCUUCGGGGCCAACUGUUUGGAGAAGUGCCGAUGCGAGAACGGCGGCAAGUGUCACCACGUGUCCGGCGAAUGCCAGUGUGCGCCCGGUUUCACGGGUCCCCUAUGCGAUAUGCGAUGUCCGGACGGAAAGCAUGGCGCCCAGUGCCAGCAGGACUGUCCCUGCCAGAACGACGGAAAGUGCCAGCCGGAGACCGGGGCCUGCAUGUGCAAUCCGGGCUGGACGGGCGACGUGUGUGCGAACAAGUGUCCGGUGGGCAGCUACGGCCCGGGAUGCCAAGAGAGCUGCGAGUGCUACAAGGGAGCGCCCUGCCACCACAUCACCGGCAAGUGCGAGUGUCCGCCCGGAUAUCGCGGGGAACGCUGCUUCGACGAGUGUCAGCUGAACACGUACGGAUUCAACUGCAGCAUGACCUGCGACUGCGCGAACGAUGCCAUGUGCGAUCGGGCCAACGGAACGUGCAUCUGCAAUCCCGGCUGGACGGGUGCCAAGUGUGCCGAGCGGAUCUGCGAGGCGGACAAGUACGGGCUGGACUGUAACCGCACCUGCGAGUGCGACAUGGAGCACACGGAUCUGUGUCACCCUGAGACGGGGAAGUGCCAGUGCAGCAUCGGAUGGAGUAGUGCUCAGUGCACCAGACCCUGCACCUUCCUGCGCUACGGCCCGAAUUGCGAGCUGACCUGCAACUGCAAGAAUGGAGCCAAGUGCUCGCCGGUCAAUGGUACGUGUCUGUGUGCGCCGGGCUGGCGCGGACCCACCUGUGAGGAGAGCUGCGAGCCGGGCACCUUUGGUCAGGACUGCGCCCUGCGCUGCGACUGCCAGAACGGAGCCAAGUGCGAGCCGGAGACGGGCCAGUGUUUGUGCACGGCCGGAUGGAAGAACAUCAAGUGCGACCGGCCGUGUGAUCUGAACCACUUCGGACACGACUGCGCCAAGGUGUGCGACUGCCACAACAACGCCGCCUGCAAUCCGCAGAACGGAAGCUGCACCUGCGCCGCCGGCUGGACGGGCGAGCGGUGCGAACGGAAGUGCGAUACCGGAAAAUUCGGACACGACUGCGCCCAGAAGUGCCAGUGCGACUUUAACAAUAGCCUGGCCUGCGACGCCACCAAUGGAAGAUGCGUGUGCAAGCAGGAUUGGGGAGGCGUUCAUUGCGAGACCAACUGUCGGAGCGGUUACUAUGGUGAAAAUUGUGAUAAAGUUUGCAGAUGCCUGAAUAACUCCUCCUGCGAUCCCGAUUCCGGUAACUGCAUCUGCUCACCCGGAUGGACUGGUGCCGACUGCGCGGAACCCUGCCCACCUGGAUUCUACGGCAUGGAAUGCAAGGAACGCUGCCCGGAGAUCCUCCAUGGCAACAAGAGCUGCGAUCACAUCACAGGUGAAAUUCUCUGCCGCACGGGUUACAUAGGACUCACCUGCGAGCACCCAUGUCCUGCCGGACUAUACGGACCCGGCUGCAAGCUCAAGUGCAACUGCGAGCACGGCGGCGAGUGCAACCACGUUACCGGCCAGUGCCAGUGCCUGCCAGGGUGGACAGGUGCCAACUGCAACGAGUCCUGUCCCACAGACACCUACGGACAAGGAUGCGCCCAGCGCUGCCGGUGCGUGCACCACAAGGUUUGCCGCAAGGCCGACGGUAUGUGCAUCUGCGAGACCGGCUGGUCAGGCACACGGUGCGAUGAGGUCUGUCCGGAGGGAUUCUACGGCGAGCACUGCAUGAAUACCUGCGAGUGUCCGUCUGCCAAUUUCCAGUGCCAUGCGGCCCACGGUUGUGUGUGCAGGAGUGGUUACACCGGCGAUAACUGCGACGAGCUAAUCGCCUCCCAACGUGUUGCAGACCAAAGCGAAAAUUCGAGCCGGGCGAGUGUAGCUCUGACCUUAGUCCUGAUGACCCUGUUUGCGUGCAUAAUCUUCGCAGUGUUCAUUUACUACCGUCGACGGGUGUCCAAUCUAAAAACCGAGAUCGCCCAUGUACACUACACCCAUGAUACGAAUCCCCCGAGCUGGCCGCCCAACCACAAUUUCGACAAUCCCGUGUACGGCAUGCAGGCGGACACGCGUCUCCUGCCCAACAAUAUGCGUUCCAAGAUGAACAACUUUGACCAGAGGAGCACGAUGAGCACGGACUACGGCGAUGACUGCAAUGCCAGUGGCAGGGUGGGUAGCUAUUCGAUCAACUACAACCACGACCUGAUAACGAAGAACCUGAACGCGGACCAGACCAAUCCGAUUGUGUACAACGAAUCCCUCAAGGAGGAGCAUGUCUACGAUGAGAUCAAGCACAAGGAGGGCUACAAGGAUCCCGUGAAAAUAUAUAGCAAGAUUUUGUUUCCCGAGGAUGAAUACGAUCACCUGGACUACUCACGACCCAGCACCUCGCAGAAGCCGCACUACCACCGCAUGAACGACGCCAUGCUCAACAUCAACCAAGACGAGGAGAAGCCCAGCAACGUGAAGAACAUGACUGUGCUGCUGAACAAACCGCUGCCGCCUACGGAACCGGAGCCACAGCACGAGUGCUUCGACAACACGAAUACCAACCUGGACAACGUAUCGACGGCGUCGCCCAGUUCCAGUCCGGAAUUUCGCAAGUAGGCAGCCGGAACAGUCAUUUCACACGCUGGUUAGAUUUUAAGCCAUCAUAUUUUAAUUUGUCUAUGUGUGUAGGGUAAGAAUUGCCCAACUGAGUACGUAACGUCUUUAGCUUAAGUUGUUUCCUAGAACUUCAGUUCAUGCUGUUAUGUAUUUCUGUGUAGGGUAGCAUUUGUCUUGCAUUCGAUAUGUAAUUGUCUUUUUGUAUUCUCGUUCAGCAAAGCCAUGUCAGCUCAACCAAUUGUAAAUUAUUAUUUAGGGGCCCUUUACAACCCAGCAGAGGUCCUCACUUUUGUAAAUGUCUCCUUCAUUCGACCCAAAUUGUACUGACAUUUAUGCUCAUAUAGGCGACUAACUCCCUAAGUGAAAUCAUAUUAAAUUAAGUACCUACAACACCUCUUCCUGGUAAAAGUGCAGAGUGCCUGUGAGGCAAACUCGGAUCGGAGGUUGCAAUAAUUUUAAAUCGAACCCAUGCAUAUACAGAUUGAAAUCAAUAGCUUAAGUAUAUGGUAUUUAUAUUUUUAAUAAGAAACUUAUUUUUAGAGUGCAUAAACAAUACAUUUAUAGAGAUCACAUAAGGCAUUGAUAGACUAUUUAAAAUGCCGUAAAAUAUCGUAAAAUUAAUUGUUAUCCAAAUUUAAUGCUGAUGCUUUGUAAGAAGGAAACAUUUGGCCAAAAUUGUAUAAAACUCAUAUUAGAUUCUAGAUCAAAUUUUAAAAAGUAGUUCAAAUAUUGGAACAUUAUGAUUGUGUCAACGUUAACCCAUAUAACUUUACCCUGAACUGCGUUAUGUUAUCUUCAUAUACACACAUUUGAUCUUGAGAGAAACGAGGAUAAUAAAGAUGAUAAUACAAAUAUGUAAAAA